CCACCCUGCCCUCAGUAAAAUUCCAAUGCGCCUAAAUUUCUAAAACCAGAUCAUAUCGACAAUAUGGAAGACCCAGUCACUGAAAUUCCAACUGUUAUUCACCUUCUCACUCAAUCACCACCUUCUCUCCAAGAAGCAACAAUCGACCGGUUUUUCACCCCUGAUGCCUCAUUCGUACACCCAUUCUGUCGCAUCUGGAGUCACAAUGGCAGCCGAUGGGGAGUGAAGAAGAUAUACCAAUGGUACAAGAUCAUGUCGCCGCAUAUAGAGCUGGAUGUUGGAUCUGUCGCAUACGAUAAAGAAAACCUAAAGCUCUACGUCACAAUCUUCCAAAUAUUCUCUAUCUGGCUCGUUCCAUUCUACUCUGCGCCCGUAACACUGACGACCGUCCUGGAUCUCACGACAGACCCUGGUGAGGAAAAGAAGGAUGCGGCGAGAGGUGACGGUACCAAACGGUACUACAUCCAGAAGCAGGAAGACUUUUACCAGCCGCAGGAGUUUAUCAAAUUUGUUAUGCCGUUCGGAGGGAGCCUCCUUGUUGCGAUGUGGCAUGCAUUCGCUAGCUUGUUUUCUAUCAUUGGAGUCUUUGCCCUGUGGCCGAUUAUGUGGGCGGAGGAGAAGGGGUUUUUCAACUAUAACUAUCGGGUUGCGAAUGGGGCACGGGAGGGGGUUGUUGAUGUUUUGAAUAACCAUGUUCAGGAACUUAAGGUUACAUAGAGCAGAGAACACAACUGUUUGGGAUGUCAUUGGGGCAUGUCAGUCUAUAGAAUAGUUCGUAUACAAUGUUCAUUAUAUUUUGAGAUAGUCAUAGCCGGUUUUUCAGACUGCCUUUUUCACAUACUCGCCUUUGUCUGGAGCUCAGCGGACAAUCAGUAGAGAUUGUUCUGAUUUCAUAAUCUCGAAUUUUUUUUUUAAUUGGAGUGCUGUUUCCUCAAAGUGUUGCGGAAUGCUUCUUCCUGC